ACCGGAUCUUGCGCAGAGUGCCCACAGAAAGCUGAAAGUUUAUCGUACUUUGACUUUGCCUCGUUUUUUUGGGUGUUUUCAGAGAAAAUUUUUUUUACUUCGAAACGUUUAUGCUGUAUAAUAUACAAAAGGUCUAUUAAGUUGCUCCCGUCAAUUGAAAAGUGAGGUUUUUCAUGUACUUUUCUCUCAUGGUUUGCGUGCGGCUGACGUCUCACUCCAACCAGUAGGUUGGAUCGAUGUUUGGAUUUUCCUCAGCUACUCAUAUCCUUCGAGGAUCUACACACAGAACGUGGAAUUGCGUUACAUCCGUCGCCUCUAUCGUUUGGAAUAAGUUCAGUUUUGUGGCACUGAAAAAUAUGCCUAAAUCAAGAAAAAGACAUCACUCUCGCAGUCGGUCUAAGACCAGAUCCAGGUCACCCUCUAGAGACAGAAGUUAUGAAAAAGAGAAGAAACCGAAUUCACAUGAGAAAGAUGGAAAGAGAAGGCGCCUUGAUGAGAUUGAUAGUCCACAAAAAAGAUCAUUGAGUGCCACCGAUCCACCACAGUCACCAACCAACCAGACUCCCCCUAAGGUAGAAGAGAGUGGAAAUAAAAGUGGCGUCAUGGAAAUUGAAGAAGAUCCAAAAGUUCAUCCAGCAAAUACUGACUGUGAUAAUAUAACUGCGGAGAAUGACGUACAAGCAGAAGCAUAUAAUAAUGACAAAGAUAACUCAGAAAAAGAAGGGGAUAUUAAAAGUAAAUCCUCUGAUGAUGAUGAUGUACAGAUAGUAGAGUCACAAUCAGCGUCUAUAAUAAUGGAAUGUGUUUACGAUAAAAAAGAACAGUUGUCCACUCCGAAAAAGCCGUUAACACCAAAACAACUGCAGAAGAAAUUAGAGUCUGAGAAAAAGAAGCAGCAGAGACAACAAGAGAAGGAGGAACGUGAAAAGCAAAAGCAGGAAGAAAAAGCGCGGCUUUUGGCGGAAAAGCAGAAAGCGAAAGAGCAAAAGGAAGCUGAAAGACAAAAACAACUAGAAAUGAAGCAAAAAGAAAAAGAAAUGAAAGAAGAGCAAAGGAAAAAAGAGAAGGAAGAGAAGGAACAAAAGCGCAAGGAAAAAGAAGAGCAGGAAGCUCUGAAGCGCAAAGAAAAGGAACAGGAAAAACUAAAAAAACUUCAAGAAGUAGAAGAAAAGAACAAGGAGAAACAAAAAGAGAAAGAGCUACAACUGAAAAGUGCAAAUUUACUGAAAAGCUUCUUCAAAAAAACAGACACUGAACAGCAAAAGGAAUCAAAGGCAGAGAAACCGAAUUCCAAUUUUAUGCCAUUUGAAAUUAAAACUGAUAUGAGAUUGGCCCCACUUGUAAGAAAAUUGUUCUCAAACGAAAAUAAAACUGAACUGGAUACGAUUUUAGAACAGCAAGAUGAAAACGUUUCCUACCUUAAGGACUUAAAAUCCGGAAAAAUCAAACCUGGAAAAUCAGGAAACACUUGGCCUUACGGAGAACUUGACGAUGAUGAAGUUACUAUAGUUGAAGGUGAUAAAAUACUGGGAGAAACCAUCUGCGAGGACAAAUCAGUAGUGCGUAAGAUGAAGGCAAAAUAUCUUUACUUUCAUGAAAAUAGGCGGCCUGCGUAUUAUGGUACAUGGCGCAAGAAGAGUAAGUUUAUUAAGCCAAGAAAUCCUUUUGUGCACGACGUGGAGUAUUUCAAUUACGAGGAAGAUUCAGAUGACGAUUGGGAGGAAGAAGAACAAGGAGAGUCUUUAGAGAUUUCCGGUGAUGAAGAAGAGAAAGAUACUGAAAAUGAUGAAGAUGAUUAUGAAGUGGAUAACGAAUUCUUUGUACCUCACGGCCAUUUAAGCGAAGAUGAGAUAGAUGAUGAGGAAAAUGCUCGUUUAUCACCCGAAUCUUUAAAACAAAAACUGAAGCUGCUUAAAGAUGAGUUUGACCAAGAUAUUAAGUCAAAGACUCACAAGCUCAAGCCGCGAUCCUUUGGAGGCAUUUGGUUAAAUCGUAACGGUGAUAACAUUGAUGAUGCAAUUUAUAGAUACCUUUUGCCCUUCGCUAUGAUCGUAAGCGGUCCCAUAGAAAUUAAAAAACAAUCCACACUCUUUGCUUCACCUAGCGAGAAGAAAAAAACUAAGACUAUGGUAGAACUACCCAUUGAACACGUUCCUUAUUUUUUAAAAAUUAUUCACGGAAAUAUUCACAAAAAGAAUACGGUUAUAGAAGAGUUUUUGUCAUUUAUGGCAAAAAAUGGUUUCAGCGUAGAAGUUUCCAAAACUAACUUAACACGUUUCUUAAAAAAAUCUGCUACUUAUAGAAGGUGUAAAGAAUCGGGUCCAAUGAAAAAUAAAUUUGGAUGGUUCGUUAAUGAUGAAGUAAAGGCAAAGUAUAAUGUGAAUUUCGAGACUGCUUUGAAAACUUAGUUUAAUAAAAAAAGUAAUUUAUAUUAGUUGUUAAGUUUUAUAUACAGUAUGCUAUCUUUGGAUUAAGUGCCUUAUAAGAUUUUUUUGUAAACUUAAUAAAUGACCCUGAUACUUUUUUA